AUGGCAUCACGGAGAUGUGAUCAAGUUCAACCGAUGCCCUGCGAUUGUCGAAUGGAUCAUGUGAGAGGCACGGGGAAUCAGUGUUUGUUCCGUUGUGAAGCCGAGUUGAUCUCACUCACCACUGACAAUGGAAUUCCCAAUCUCGAAUGUUCAAUCAGUGCAAAUAUCUACGAUAUCAACUUCAAAAUUAGUAUGGCUCAAAUUGGAGUAUUUUAUGAUGUGAUCAUUAAACGACCGCAUCCAAAAGAACACACACUUUGCGAGGGGGAAUGGGUGUGGACAACAACAUACAACAUACAACAACAACAACAACAACAACAACAACAACAACAAGAACAACAACAACAACAACAACAACAACAACAACAACAACAACAACAGCAACAGCAACAGCAAGAACAACAAGAACAAGAACAAGAACAACAACAACAACAAGAGCAACAAGAACAGCAAGAACAACAAGAACAAGAACAACAAGAACAAGAACAACAAGAACAGCAAGCACAAGAACAAGAACAACAACAACAACAACAACAACAACAACAACAACAACAACAACAACAACGUUUUCUAAAGCUUGUCAACUUU